GUUUAAUUUCCAGUAUUAUUAUUCUGAAGAGGAAAAAAAGCCACACACUUAUUAGGAAUAGCCUAAUAGAUUACAUAAACAUUAAAUUCGCUAGCUGGGUAGAACCAAACCUCAAUAAUAAUGGAUGCGGUGGAUUAUUGUAUACGACGCCGUUUAAAGCAAAAGUUGCAACAUCAUAUGAACCAACUAGCAGGAGAAACACCACAAGAACCCAUUCACUAUGAUCCAAUAAUUCCUAUGAUGAAAGUUGAGGCACAAGAAGAAGGGUUCAUGAUAAAGGUGGUGAGUGAAAGGAAUUGCAAGGGUUUGCUUGAGUUCAUAUUGGAAGCCUUUGAAGAUCUGGGUCUUGAUGUGCUCCAUGCUAGGGUUUCUUCUGUUGACACCUUUUCUCUUGAAACAUUUGGAGUUAAAGAGAACAAUGAAGACACACGGUACAUGGAUGCACAAUCAGUUGAACAAGCAGUGUCUCAAGCUAUUCAGAAAUGGAAGAAAGUGAAUUAAAGAUUGUGUUAUUACAUUAAGUAUACUCUUGUGUUAUUACAUUAAUUAAUUAUACUAUUUAAUUUCAUCUUUUGGUUUAAAAUCACCAUCUAUAUAUAUAU